GGGGAGGGAUGGUGGCCGGCAGGACAGCCCCCCUGUCUGCCCUCACCCUCCACCCCUGAGCCCUCAGGACUGGAGGGAAGGGGGGAAAAAUCCAGCCACAGAAGAAGAAGAGGAGAAGGAGGGAGUUCCCUUCUUUUCCUCCUUCUUGCCCCCCUCUUCCCCUGGAUUGGGGGGAGGAGAGACUCAAAGCCUCUUAGCGACCUCCCUGCUCUCUGCCUGGCUGGAGAGACACACACACACACACUCAUCUCUACAGGGAGACCCAGCAGUAGACACUCCCCCCAGCCCCUUCCCUCCUCCCCCACCUUUAUUGCCCUUUGUGUCAUCCUCCACAGCUCCAGGGAUGAGGGACUCUUGAAGUGGGGAGCAGGAAAGUUUUAGAUGCUCCCAUCGAGACUUAUCCUUUCCCGGAUUGGCGAACUAGUUGUCGAAGAAUCCCGGGCCAGAGCUCUGAAAGUCGCUCCUGAGGCAGCCCAGAAAGAAGAGAAGCCGUCUCAGUUACGUCUCUGGAGAAGGACCGGGGACCCUCCAAGCAUUUGAGGAUUGAUUUUUCUCUCAAAAUCCAGCGGACCUGGGAGCGUUUCGGCAGUAGCUUGCCCAAGGUGGCCUGACUGGAGUUGAGAAGACAUGAGCGAGUCAGAACGGCCAACCUGCAACACCUCGGAUUCCCAUCGGAAGGUCAAGGGACAAUUGAAAGGAUGCGGUUUCUAAAGCGAGGACAUCCCGGUCGGACGAACUCCCCCCCGGAGCUGUAAAAAUGCGACUAGCUAUCCCGAUCCGCGGCUUAUGUUGAAGAGUCUCCGAGCUUCAAGUCAUGCUGUUCACCUAGGAGUCGACCUCCCCACCCUCUCCUCCCGCCCCCUUUUCCAACAAGUCCCCGUAGCGUUGGCAAACUAUGAUUUUCCUCAGUUGGAAACGCUCCUUCUCUCCCAUGUAGUCCGUCCUUCCGCACCCACGAGGAGUCAAAUACCGGCUGCCCCGAGGAGGGUCACCAUGGGAAAGUGAGUCGUUCCCCAUGGCGGACUUCACGGACUCAGCCCCCAACUGAGCCGGGAGCCUCCGGGUCGCCCAACGGGCCGCGUCGGCCGCGGCCACGAUGCCCCGCGGCCCGCGGAUGCCGCCUUCCUGUUGAUCUCCCCGGACCGCCCCACACAGAUGCGGAAAAUGAACGGCGGAAAGGAGUGUGACGGCGGGGACAAGGACAGGGGCCCGCCGGCCGUUCAAGUGCCAGUGGGCUGGCAGCGCCGGGUGGACCACCAGAAUGGCGUCCUUUACAUCAGUCCCAGCGGGUCUUUGUUGUCUUGCUUGGAGCAGGUUAAAACGUACCUGCUCACCGACGGAACCUGCAAGUGCGGCUUGGAGUGUCCUCUUAUCCUCCCAAAGGUGUUUAAUUUCGAUCCCGGAGCUGCAGUGAAACAAAGAACGGCAGAAGACGUCAAGGCGGAUGAGGAUGUCACCAAGCUGUGCAUCCACAAAAGGAAAAUCAUCGCCGUGGCCACCCUGCACAAGAGCAUGGAAGCCCCCCAUCCUUCCCUGAUGCUCACCAGCCCCGGAGGGCUGACAAGUUCCGCCCCCGCGGUGCCCUCCCGGGCGGCCACCCCGAGAUCGACGCGGGCCAAGUCGCACGAGGGGAUCCCCGCCUCGGCCCCGGCGGAGUGCAAGAACCUCUUCAAGGCCACGCUCGGGGGGGCGAACGGGCCGGGCCGGCUGUACGUCCAGGAGGCGCCGGGCGGCCAGCCGCAGGACGUCCACCCGGCCUUCCCCCGGCCGAGGCUGGGGAGCAGCGAGCACGGGGGGCAGAGGUCGCCGUACCGCGGCGGCGGCGGCGGCGGCCUGGGCGGGCUGCCCAGCCCGGCCUCUUCGGGCUCCCAGAUCUACGGCGACGGCUCCGUCUCCCCGAGGACCGACCCCCUCGGGAGCCCCGACACGUUCGCCCGGGCCAACCCCGGCUUCCACGGGCCCCCCAACUCCAGCCCCGUCCCCUUGAGCCGGACUCCCCUCUCCCCGCCGGCGGUCCUGUUCCACGGCUCCCCGGUGCAGUCCUCGUGCGCCGUGGCCGGCCGGAUUACCGUGCCCCUGUCGCCGACCCUGGCCGCCAAGAGCCCGGCCGCCAAGAAGGCGACGUGCGGCUUCGCCGCCGGCGCGGAGCUGCCCCGGCUGACGUUCCACCACAAGCCGGGCCCCGGCCCGCCGCCCCCGCCCUGCGCCCUCCAGAAAAAGCCAUUGUCCUCCGAGAAGGAUCCGCUGGGCAUCCUGGACCCGAUCCCCAGCCGGCCGGCGCAUCAGAACCCCGUGAUCGUGCCCCCGGCCGCUUUCCACGCCAACGUCCACUCUCAGGUACCCGUGAUGAAUGUAAUCGUGCCCCCGGCCGUCGUCCCGCUGCCGAGCAACCUCCCCCUGCCGACGGUCAAGCCCGGCCACGUGAACCACGGGGGCCACCUCCCGAGAGUCCCGCACCCGGCGGGCGCCUCCCCGUCGCCGUCGCCCGUGACGUCGCCCGGGCACCCGCCGGGGCCCGCGCCGGGCCGGGUCGAGGCCUCGCCCCAGCGAUCGCGCUCGUCGUCCGCCUCGUCGGAUCACGGCAACUUCCUGCUGCCGCCGCCCCGCUCGCCCCGCUCCGCCCUGGGCUCCCCGAGGCCCUCGAUGCCCCCGAGCCCCUCCGCCAAGGCGGACGGGCUCCCCCACCACAAGGACCUCCCCAACCCGCCGCCGGGCGGGACGGGCCCCUCGCCGGGCGCCCACCGGGUCUUCCCGCCGGGAGCCGGCGGGAACGGGCACGGGCCCGGGCCCGGGCCGGGGAAGGCCCAGCCGGGCCUGCUGGGGAUGCCUCUGAACCACAUCUUCAACCAGCACAACGCCGCCUCCUUCCCAGCGAGUAGUUUACUGUCAGCAGCAGCCAAAGCACAGCUAGAAAAUCAAAACAGACUGGCCGGGAACGGCAGCGGAGGCGGCGGCGGCGGCGGCGGCGGCGGCGGCGGCGGCGGCUCGCGGGGGGGCGGGGGCGGCGUGCCCCCCGACGGACACAGCACUUUACCCGGCCCGUUCCCGCCGCCCCCGGGCGAGGCCCAGGCCCAGGCCCAGGCCCAGACCGGGCGGGCCGCCCUCCGGGACAAACUCAUGUCUCAGCAGAAGGACCCGCUCCGCAAGAGGAAGCCCCCGUCCGGCACGGUGCUGGGCCUGCUCCGCCAGGCCCACCUGGACGGCGGGGGCGGCGGCGGCGGCGGGCCCCCCAGGCCCGGCCCGGGGCCCUUCCCCGUCAACUCCAUGUCUCAGCUGCUGCAGUCCAUGAGCUGGCAGGGCCCCCCGCGGCCCGGCGGCUGGCCCGGCCCGGUCCCGCCGCCGGCGCCCCGGCUGCAUUUCCCGGACGCCGGGGCCCACGGCCCGCCUCCUCCGCGAGGGGAAGGGGCGCCCUGCCGGAACGCCGACGCCGACCCGGGCCCCGGCCGCCCUCCGGCCCGCCGCCCCUGUCGCCCCAACCCGCCCCCGAUCCCCGCCUGCGCCCAGGCCGCCUCCCGACCAGGCGUCCCGGGACCGUCGUCCUCCGUAGCCGUCGCCGGCACCAACCAACCGGCCAUCACCAAGACCACAUCCGUCCUCCAAGACGGCGUCAUCGUCACCACCGCGGCCGGGCCCCCGGGCCCGGGCCAGCUGCCCCCGGGGAGCACCUUCCCCUUCGCCGGCGCGGAGCCGGCCCUCCACUUCCCCCGCACGGCCCCCCCCGGCGUCGACCCGGGCCACGGCCUCCCGCCCGCCUUGACUCCCAACCUCCUCGGUUCCCUGGCCCUCCCUCUGCCGCCGCUGGGCCAGCAGCCCCCGCUCAACCAGAACCUGCUAAAUAUCCUGCAGCCCCCCGGCAGCGAGGGCAAGGGCGAGGCCGGCCUCAACCCGCUCGGCUUCCUGGCCCCCAACGUCAACGCGGCCUUGGCCCUGCUGGCGGGCGAGGCGGACGGGCAGGGCUCGCAGGCCGUCCACUUCCAGCUCCUGACGGCCCUGCUGCAGAACCACGCCCAGGGAGCCGCCUUGCUGCCCCUGCCGUCGUUCAACCUCACCAUCUCGGACGUGGCGCAGCAGCAGAACCCCCCCUUGCCCCCCCUCACCCCGCCGGACUACUUGGCGGGCGGCCGGGCCGACGGCCACCGGGCCGAGACGCUCUUGGCCAACCCGCUGGGGACCCCCCUGCCCGGCUUCCCGCCCGCCGACGCCGGCCCGGACCCCCUCCUCUUCCCGGGGGUCCCCGCGGGCUCGGGCUUAAUGGCCUUGAACCCCCAGCUGUUGGGGGGCGUCCUGAGCUCGGCCCUGGGCCACCCCGCCGGCCACCUGGAGGUCCCAGUGGCCGCGUCCUCCCAGGCGACCGCUGCCACGACCACCGCGUCGUCGGCGGUGGCGGCCCUGACCGUGUCCACCCUCGGGGGCACGGCGGUGGUGUCGAUGGCGGAGACGCUGCUGAACGUCUCCAACAACCCCGGGGCCGCGCCCGGCCCGGCUAAGCUCGGCGGUAACUCGGUGGUCCCACCCCUCUUCAACCCGCUCCUGGGGACGGGGCUGCUUGGUGACGUGGCGUCGAUAAACAGUUCUCUGAAUAACCAUCAGCUGACUCACCUGCAGUCUCUGUUAAACAACUCCCAGAUGUUUCCUCUGAAUCAACAGCAGCAGCAACAGCAGCAGCAGCCGCAGCAACUUGUCCGGGAAUCCGCGGGCCUCCCAACCUUUCCGGGGCCGGCCCCGAUCUCCGGCCCACCCAACAACCCAAACUCCAUGGCCUGUCUGUUUCAGAACUUUCAGGUGAGAAUGCAAGAAGACGUCACCCUCCUCAGCAAGAGAAUGAACAGCCACCCGAGGACGACGCCGCUGCCGGCCAACGCCAACCCCCCGCUCCUUCCUUUCCGAGAGCCGUCCUGCGGCCCGCAGCCGAGGCCCGAGGCCCCCCCGGGACCGCCGGCCAAGGAGGGCCCGGGAGCCGCCGCGGUGGACGCCAUCUACAAGGCCGUCGUGGAGGCCGCGGGGCGAGGUGGGCAGGUGGCGGGCGGCGGCGGCGCCGCGCGGCUGAGCCCCGUCCCGGCCCUGAGCGCCAUGAGUGCCUUCACCGCCUCCAUGGGUGAGCCGGGCGGCCCGGCCGGCGCCCUCCACGCCGUCCUCCACGGGAGGAACCCCGGCGGGCCGGAUCCCGACGGCCGGCCGCGGACCGCCCGGGGGCCGCGCCCGCCCAAGGCCCCAGAGCCCGGGGAGGGACGUGAGUACUUCCAGCCGGCGCCCCAGAAGCCGUGGGAGGGGGAGCCGAGCCCCGGGAGGGAGAUGGGCCGGUGGCAAGGGGAGGAGGUCGCCGACCGCCCCGGCCACGAGCGGCCGAACCACGUGGCGGCCCGGCCGCCUCCCCUCCCGCCCCCGCCCGGGGAGCCGCGCCACGGGGCCGCCCAGCAGAGGAACUGUCACGGGGAGAAGGCGUCGGAAGAGAACUUCAGGUAUAACAGCUACAGACGAACUCUGCUGAGCUUCAAGGAGAGACUGGAGAACACUGUGGAGAGGUGCGCGCACAUGAACGGAAGCAGGCCCCAGCCGAGCCGGGGCUUCGGGGACCUGCUGAGCCCUUCGAAGCCGGCCCCGGCCUCCGAGGAGCAGUCCCCCAGCUCCUCCAACAGCCUGGAGAGCUCCCUGGUCAAAGACUACAUCCACUUCAACGGCGACUUUAACACCAAGAGCAUUAACGGGUGCGUGCCCAGCCCCUCGGACGCCAAGAGCAUCAGCAGCGAGGAGGACCUGCGGAACCCCGACUCCCCCUCUUCCAACGAGCUGAUCCGGUACAGGCCCAGGACGUUUAACGUCGGCGACUUGGUCUGGGGCCAGAUCAAAGGACUGGCUUCCUGGCCCGGCAAAUUAGCCAGGGAAGAAGAAGUUCACGGUUCCUGUCAACAGAACGCCGAGGAGGGGAAGGUGGAGCCCGAGAAGCUGAAGACACUAACGGAAGGUCUAGAAGCCUACAGCCGAGCCCGGAAGAGGAACAGAAAAAGCGGGAAGUUAAAUAACCAUUUAGAAGCUGCUAUUCACGAGGCCAUGAGCGAACUGGAUAAAAUGUCCGGGAACGUUCACCCGAUCCCACCGGGGGACAGGCAGGUGAAGCCUCCGAAGCCCAAGAGGAGGAAGAUCUCGAGAUAACAUUGAAUGUCUUUGUCGACGGUCCAGUAUUUAUCGACGAGAACGGGCCCGUGUCGAAUCUGUCCCCCACCGGGGUCGAGGGCGCUAGGUGUCCGUCGUGGCUGGGGGGGGGGGGGGCGGGUAGCGACCCCCGUCCCCCGUCCCCACGCGGGGGGCACUAGGCGAAACGGGGGUACAACCGAUGCUUCCUUUUCGGAUCCCGAAGGAGAACGAAUGCCAGAGCAGGCCGACGGAAACCCUCGCGAGGCGCCGGUAAUGGAGCGUCGAGCGACGGCGGAGAAACUUUUUUUUUUUCUAUAAUACUAAAAUUGUGAUCCUACGAAAUAGGCCAGAUGUUUCUGAGAGAUUUUCACGGUGUAUAUAGAUAAUACAGAAUUUCACGGUGAUACCUGAACUGUAAAUAUUGUACAAUAUUGUCAUGUACAAGCGUACCUAAUGCACACUUUAUCUUUUAUUGUACAAAAAAAAAAAAUAGUGUACAAAAUUCUUUGGUUUCUAUUGAGUACACAUACAAGAGAGUACCGGUGUAAAGUGAUAAAUAAAAACGCAGCCUAAAUACUUUUAUAUGAUAAUGUAAAAGAUGCUGUUUUUGUAUUUAACAGCAGAGGAAAGGCAUGACUAUGUAAUAGCUUCAUUAUGACAUACACUUCACACCACUGAGUGUCCGUUUAUAUUGUCUGUUUGGCAUGAACCUUGUCUGGAAGUUCUGUGCUCUGUUUCAGGAUCUCUGUAGGAGAGCGAAACCUCGCAGAUUCCGAAAGGAAUGAGAGCUCACAGGUCUAAAUUAUGAAUCGAAAAUGGCAACCGUUUGUUGCGUAUUUUUUUUACCUAAGUUUUAAAGUAGAGUAGGUUUUAUAAAAAAAGAAAAGACGAGAAAAAACCGGGAGUUGGGGGGCGGGGGGGAAAAAGGUAGAUGACUAUUUUAUUCAGCCGUUUCUGUAGUGGAAGUUCUCCUAGCUGCCUGUUGACCCGAAAUAGCUCCUCCACCUCCGCCGUCGGCUCCGUUUGCGGGGCAGAGCGUUGUGUUUACAAAAUCCAGGGCGCCGGCUCCAUUAGGAAACCCUAAACGGGGUGACGGUGGGACGCCCCCUCUUCCCCCCACCGCCGCCACCCUACUUUGAUUCUUUAUUUUUUUCCUUUUUGCCGGUCGAAAGAGCGAAAGCGGGCCCCCCCCCCAACUCCAUCCUGCAGUAUUGUUUUACCAAACCGGAAGAGGAGCUGACCGCGUCCAAACCGUUAGCAGCGGCGAUUUUUUUAUCAGUAUUAUGUAACAUAUCAGAUUUAUUUUAUUUAAGAAAAAUUAUUUAUACCAUUAACAGAUUCUUAUAUAUAUAUUAAUGUGGCUGAAGCGCGCAGGUUAAAUCUAUUAACCAAAUUAUUUAUAUUAUAUUAAGUGACGAGAAAAAAAAAAAAAAACAGAAACGUGAAACACAGACGUAGAGAGGAACGAAUACACUACGGAUAUACAAGCCUAAAACUGUGAGCCACCGGCAAGGACGAGGAAGCGGAGAAGAAGCGUAGCGCGCCGGCGUCCCGCGGGCGGCCUCACCGCCCCGUCCUGGUCAUCCCGGCCCCGCCGGGGGAUGACCGGAGAGGAUGCCGAGGAUGUCGGAUCCGUGGGAACGCAAUUAGCCACACGCGGCCAAGGUGGGCUGGAGACGGGACUUUCCUUCUACCCGGUAGGUUCGUUUGGUCCUUCUGCGUCCCGGCUUCGCCCGCGGUCGACACCUCCGCCCGUCGGGCCUCCACGUGUCCGUCCAUUCCGUCGAAGCCACCGACGCCGUCCCCCCGCUCCGCUUCCCCGCUGUUUUUGUCUCUCCGGGUGUUUCUCCUCACAAGUUCAUGACCACGUGAGUGUGUGUGGUGUGUUUGUGUGGACGGUCGCGUGGACGAGCACGCCUGCGUACGGUGGGAGUCCGGGGGUGGGAUUCUUUUAGUUAACAUUUGGGUUUUGGUUGGGGGAUAUUGGUUCUGUUUUGGUAUCGUUUCUUUUUUUCCGGGGGGGGGUUUGGUUUCGAAUCUGUCCUAAAGCUGAGUUUGUACUGGCCGACCCUUCUUUUUGGCAUUUUAACGAAUUAGGUUUGUGCUCUCUCACCAGUGUAUAUACUUUACAUUAGUAGACUAUGUAAAGUAUGUCUGUGCACUUGACUUCAUCGGUUAAUAAUGGCAUUGAUGUGGGUGCUAGGUGUAGAUUGUUUCUGUCCAUACGGUUUUUUUUUUCCUCCUCUUUUAGGGUUUUUAUGAUUUCAUGUAAGCAGUUAAUGUAAAUAUUGUGAGCAUUUACAGGCCAUGCAGUGUUGUAACAUUUUUUUAAAUGUUGCACCUACUUUGCGAUUAAAAAAACUGGUCACUCAUCCUU